AUGGAUGGACAGGCAAGGUGUAACAGUCAAAAAAAGGGUAAAGCAAAGGCAUCUCAAUCUGUUAAAGGGAUACCUGAAGGUAGUAGCACGUAUUUUGAAGAUGAAGGGCUGCAAGAUGUUAUGUUGGUACAUGAUUUGAAGGUGGAUGCACAUGCUACAGAGUUGCUUGCAUCAGGAUACUCAGAGGAUAAGGUGUAUCAUCUACUAUAUGAACAAGAUUUAUAUGUUGAAGUUUUGGCUGAAGUUCCAUCUGUUCUUGAAACUGUGCAUGAAGAAGUUCCACAUGUUGAAGUUUUGGCUAAAGUUGACAUUGUACCAGAAACAGAGGAUGAAGGCAUUGUUGAGAUACCACCAUCCCAAAGGUUGAUGAGAACAAGGAGGCCUUCAGAGAGAAUUACUAAAAUUCAGACUGGAAUGAAGGUUGUUGGAAAGAAGGUUGUUGGACUAGGUCGAAGUAGGUUGGACCCUGUUUCUUUGGAGUAG